AUGGUUCAGGUACAAGGCCGUCUAGGCCAGGGGCGGGGUCAUAGCGCCAGGGGCGGGGUCACAGCGGUCCAGACCACUGUCUUUCUAGGCGCGGGCGGCGCACCGCCGCGCGGGGAGUCUAGCAGAGUGGGGACAGGCGUAGGGAGAGCUGGGGCUCUAUUUGCCACGGCUUGCUUCAUCCUUCCCGAGCGCUGCCUUGCCAGCACUGACACGACAUGGUUUCACGCAGCUCCCGCUGUUAGCAGUGAUGACCCUGACUCAACCCUUCUCCUCUCCUCAUGUACACCCACCAUAUCCUUCUCUUUACCUCUAUCCUCUAAAUGA